AAUAGACCUAAGAGGCACGAUGUCGGACCAAAGUAGGCGAGAAGCUCGCAGUCUCAAAGGCUCCCCUUUUACGUAGCGGACCGCUAUAUUUCACCGCAAGCAGUUAAGGGACGCCAAGGCAGUCCUUGCUGCUCAAGAGGCGUUGGAGUGACAUCUAAAGUAUGAACCUUCUAAUUCUGGUCAGCGCAUUAGUAUGGAUGAGAUUAACGACUUCGUGGGGAAUCGAACAAUAUGAAGACUUCAAGCAACAUACUCCGGUUUGGGAAGGGGGCGAUGGAAGAUAUAACAUCUGUCGCACUGAGGUUUGCCGGAAACGAGCAAAAAUGAUUUUGGACUCUCUGGACACCACAGUCGACCCGUGCCAAGAUUUUUACUCUUUCGCCUGCGGCGGAUGGUUAAAUAAGACCAAGAUACCAAAGACGAAGUCCUCCUACGGCAGCUUUAACUCACUCAACGACGAGUUGCUAAAGACGUUGAAAGGUAUACUUGAAGGUAUACCCAUUGUCAAAGGCAAACACCAAAAUGUCACGGACAAGGCUGCCGUCGCCUACCACGCCUGCAAGUCUGUCACUAAAGUCUGCGACCGGAUCGACGUUGUGUACGACAUCAUGAACGCUUCUGCACUCGGCGACUGGCCCAUAACGAAGACGAGUAUAAGUGACAUAAAGAAUCUGACCAACUGCUCGGAUCUCUUGCUCAGGACCGGAUUCGGUCCAAUCCUGCGUUACGACAUUGGCCGAGACAGCAAGAACCUGACGAAUUAUGUGAUUCAGAUUGACCAGAUGACUUUUCCAGUGGUGGGGCGAAAUCAGCUCAUCCAUCCAAACAAGACGGAGAACAAACGAAUCAUGAAAGCUUACAAGCGUCUCGUAGAAGCCACCCUGGCAUUCAUGACAUUUAGCAUUAGUACAUCGGAAAAAUCGAAAAUUGCGGACGAACUGAUCGCUUUCGAAGGAAAACUCGCGAACCUAACAGACCCACCUGAGAAAAGAAGAGAUUUCCUGUCCCUGUAUCACAGGACUACAAUAACUGCGCUCCAACAUAACUUCUCGACUUUUCCCCUUUUAGAUCUCCUCAACUGGGAGUUUUCCAAGGCUGAUAUAUUGCUCACUGAAGACGAGACAGUCGAACUGUACUCCAUGGACUACUACAAAAAGCUGGUCGACUUUCUGGAGAGUACGAAGCCGGCACUGCUAUUCAACUACAUAGGCCUUCGUAUCAUGUUCCUGUGGGCUCCCCACGCUUCCCGGGAUAUUCGGGAUGCCCUAUUCGGUGUGAAGAAAGCCACAUCGGGAAUUCAGGAGAUGCCUCCCAGGUGGAAAGAAUGCACCAAUCUGAUCAACAGUGCAAUGAUGGAGGUUACUGGUUAUUUAUACGUGAAAGAGAAGUUCAGUCCUGAAGCAAAGAGUGAGGUUGAAGAUCUGGUCUCCAGACUGAAGGAUAUUUUCAAAUCGUCACUUGAGCAGAACCAAUGGAUGGAUAACGAGACAAAAGAAAAAGCUUUGCUGAAGUUGAAUCAAAUGGAGUCUAAAAUUGCGUACCCGAAAUGGGGCCUGAAUAUGACGUUCCUCGAAGAGCUGUAUCAUUACGUUCCCCAGCUGGAUCCAACCCAGGCAUUCUUGAAAAUCUGGCACUUUAUAGCAGCCAACAACGGAAGAAAAAAGCUAGAAAAAUUGCGCGAGCCUUACAACAAGGAUUUAGAGUGGAUUGUUGGAGCAGCGGUUGUAAACGCUUUCUACGAUCCGGCCACGAAUGAAAUGGUGUACCCGUCAGGAAUACUUCAAGGUGUAUUCUACCAGUACGGACUUCCACGGUCUAUCAAUUUCGGGGCUAUCGGUACAGUGGUCGGACACGAAAUGACUCACGGCUUCGAUGACACAGGAAGCCAGUUUGAUGCAAACGGAAGGUUGGAACAGUGGUGGACGAACGAAACUCGAAAAAAGUUUGACAAAAGGGCGCUGUGCUUCAAGCAUCAAUAUGGAAGCAUCACUGUCAAGCGUCUCAACAUGACGCUAAAUGGGAACAAUACUGUAGGAGAGAAUAUAGCGGACAAUGGCGGUAUCAGGACUGCCUUCAAGGCAUUCAAUAAACUGCUGUUCGAGAGACAGCAGCGUGAGGAUACCCGUCUAGAGGGCUUGGAAAACGUGUCUGGGAAGCAGUUGUUCUUCAUAUCCAACGCUAUGGUGUGGUGCAACAAGGCUCGCGAAGGAUAUCUGCGGGAACUAAUACAAUACGACCCGCACACUCCAAACCGCUACAGGAUCAACGUCCCAAUGGGAAACAUGGAAGCAUUCUCAGCAGUAUUUAAAUGCUCAAAGAAAUCCAAAAUGUAUCGCCAGAAGGAGGACCGCUGCACGUUAUGGUGACACAAAAUGAUGAGAACGUCUUCAGAGGAAAGACCAGCCUGCAAAUUGGGUUAAUAAAUUUGUACGC